GCAUGUGUGUAGGUGCGGGAUAGGGCGGGCGGCUGCGCCGGCAUGGAGGAUGGCUCCGAUCCUGCUGCAGCUGGCGGUGCUCGGCGCGGCGCUGGCGGCCGUAGCCCUGAUUCUGAUUUCCUUUGUUGCAUUUAUAACUGCUACAGAGAUGCCACACCUUCAUCAACAUGAAGAUGAGAAGUUCUUCUUAAAUGCCAGAGUCCAGAGGGAAGCCUUACCCAGCAUACGGGACUUGCCUACCAAGCAGCUUUCUGUGGUCGUGCCUUCAUACAAUGAAGAAAAACGGUUGCCUGUAAUGAUGGAUGAAGCUCUGGGCUAUCUAGAGGAGAGACAGAAACAAGAUCCUACGUUCACUUAUGAAGUAAUAGUAGUUGAUGAUGGCAGCAAAGACGAGACUUCAAAGGUAGCUUUUAAAUAUUGCCAGAAAUAUGGAAGUGACAAAGUACGAGUGAUAACGCUGGUGAAGAAUCGUGGGAAAGGUGGAGCUAUUAGGAUGGGUGUAUUCAGUUCUCGAGGAAAAAAGAUCCUUAUGGCAGAUGCUGAUGGAGCCACAAAGUUUCCAGAUAUUGAGAAAUUAGAAAAAGGACUGAAUGAUCUACAGCCUUGGCCUGAUCAAAUGGCUAUUGCAUGUGGAUCUCGAGCUCAUUUGGAAAAAGAAUCAAUUGCUCAGCGUUCUUACUUCCGUACUCUUCUCAUGUAUGGGUUCCACUUUCUGGUGUGGUUCCUUUGUGUAAAAGGAAUCAGGGACACACAGUGUGGGUUCAAAUUAUUAACUCGAGAAGCAGCGUCACGGACGUUUUCAUCUCUCCACAUUGAACGAUGGGCAUUUGAUGUAGAACUGCUUUACAUAGCACAGUUCUUUAAGAUCCCAAUAGCAGAAAUUGCUGUCAACUGGACUGAAAUUGAAGGUUCUAAAUUAGUUCCAUUCUGGAGCUGGCUACAGAUGGGCAAGGACCUACUUUUUAUACGACUUCGAUAUUUGACUGGUGCCUGGAGGCUUGAACAAACCAGGAAAGUGAAUUAGGUUAUUUGCCAUCUUUGAUUGUAUUCUUAUCCAUCAGUGUCACAUUAUUUCACUUGAAAUUAAAAUUUUAAAUAAAGCUGGAAUAAAA